AGAAUAUGUGACACCGCUUCAUCUACACAUUGACUACUCAUAUACACAAAAAAGGGAUGUAAAAGCCAAUGAGCUAACUUGUUUGGAUGAUUUAAUAAACAUGAUAUGGCCUAGGUAUACCCUAUACAUUGAAAAAAAAAAAAGUUCAAAGAUUCCUUCCCCAUUAUAAAAAUUGUAAAAAGGCAUUGCUGGUUGCCUUGUGUCAACUCCAUAUAGGAUUAUUUGAAAUUGGAAAAGGAAAACUUUUUAGAGAGAAAAUUUAGACUGCGAAAAUGGCUGCAGCUUCUUCUUCUUCUUCAAUGGAACGGAUUAUGUCAGUUUCACAUUCCUCCUCCAUGGCCAUGAAGUUGCGCCAUUCCAGUGACCCGUCUUUGCUUCGUCUCUCUCCCCAACCUGCUGCUCCCUCAUCGUUUUCAUCGUCUUUUAGGAAUCCUUCAGGCUUUCGGCAUUGCAUAGGUUCCAAGAGAUUUCCUAUCUUCAAGAUCAGGGCUUCUUCCGAUGAAGAAGAAACGUCUGAAUCCGUUGCUCGCAUCAGAAAGGUAUUUUCCAAUGUAAAAGACAAGUGGGAUGGACUCGAAAAGAAACCCUCGGUCUUUCUUUAUGGAGGAUCUGCAAUCCUUGGUCUUUGGUUGUCUUCAAUCAUUGCUGAUGCAUUAGACUCUGUACCACUGUUACCUAGGUUUUUGGAGUUGGUUGGGCUUGGAUAUUUUGGAUGGUUCAUCUACAGAUAUCUUCUCUUUAAGAGUGGAAGGGAUGAACUGGGAAGUGAUAUUCGAGCUCUUAAGAAGAAGAUUACUGGGGAGGAAGAGGAUUAGCAGAAGCCAGUUUCUGCAUUGCUGUUUAUUUUCAAUCUAGAUUAGCUAAAAGAACAUCUGAACAAGUAACCUUCAGCUGAAAGCUUUCUUUUUUAUUGUUCAAUUAAUCUUUUAUACUCUUUUAAGAA